ACAAUUCUGAUCCGUGUUGAUUAGCAAAUGAGCUUCCAAGUUCCGUGACGAUAGCUCCUGUGGUGGUAUACUACAAUGUCUAAACUAUUUAAGGAAUUAUUGUACAUGUCAGCAUGGAAAGACAGACGGACACUCUCUCAAGCUCUGAUUUUCGGACACGAUUGAAUGACCUUUCAUUUGGAGAAGGAUUAAACACAUUUUUGGCAUUGAACAUAGUUUUCUUCGGCUCCUAUGGACUGGCUAGUGCCCUGUUCCUGUAUACAGAUCUGUACGGUAAACCUAAAUGGAUGCUCAAGUACAAGACACAGCCGGGUAAAAACCAACCAGUAGAUCGAGACAACUUAAAGAAAUUAAUGAACCAAUUGACAGUCAAUUAUCUUAUAGUAGGUCUGCCAUACGGUGUUUUACAUUACAUUCUCCACAAGUUAAGGGGAAGUGAUUUAUCAUACAACUUACCCACAAUGGCGGAGUUCAUAAUUCAUUUCUCAGUCUGUGUGUUGAUGGAAGAAAUAACUUUCUACUAUUCUCAUAGAUUACUACAUACAAGUUACCUUUACAAGAAUGUACACAAGCAGCACCAUGAAUGGACGUCACCGAUUGGACUAGGGGCCACUUAUGCUCACCCACUGGAGUUUGCUUUUGGCAAUAUUUGGACCCUUGCCUCAGGGCCACUGGUAAUGGGUUCGUGUCAGGUGACGACCUUUAUCUGGAUCGCCCUAGCUUCUAUUGUGACUGUGAUUCACCACAGCGGAUAUCAUCUCCCGUUCUUACCGUCUCCAGAAUUUCACGAUUAUCAUCAUUUAAAGUUCGUUGGCAACUACGGCGUUCUAGGUUUUCUGGACGUAUUUCACGGUACAAUGAAUCCUCAAUUCUUGAAAAGUAAACAAUACAAGAGACACCAUCUAAUUUUCUCCGAUGCGGAAAUGAAGUGACCGUUUCCAACAGACAAAAACUGUAUUUCAACUUUAUUUAUUGUAAUUUUCGUUAUUUUAAUUUGAUUUUAUGUACUGUAACUGAUUAUUUUAUGCAUGUUCUGAGAAAACGAAUAAACCGAAAUUGUAAACGUUA